GAAAAAAAAAAAAAAAAAAAAAAAAAAUCUCAGCUGAAUCACGCUGCUCCCCCCUUCUUUCAUUUCUUCCCUCGUUUCAUUUCAGUGAGACGGAGUGUAGCUCAUGCAGUGCCCAGCAGCAAGCAGAAUGCAAGGAAUCUGCAGUAUUCCUCUGUCUCACAGCAGAAGCCCAGUUCACUACUGAAGGACAAGUGAGAGGAGAGAGAGGCAGAGUCAGGGAGCAGUCAGGGGAGGAUUCACACCGCUGUGGUUUGAGAGGAGGAAGCGUACAGUCUUGUCCUGCUCUGCUCUGCUCUGCUCUUGGUGCCUCAGGUGUGUGUGCGUGUGUGUGUGUGUGUGUGUGUGUGUGCGCUCCUCCCUCCCUCCUCUGUGGUGCCUGCUGUCAGCUCCAUCCCUGGGUGGCUGAGGCCAUGGUGUUGGUGCUGCGAGCCCUGCUGCCCUGCCUCUGCACCCUGCUCUCCCUGGACCUGCUGCCUGGGGUGGACCCCGCUGUGCCCCUGGAGGACUUCUACCCCUUUGGCCAGGACAAGGGGGACACCCAGACCAUGGCUCAGGAUGACGGAGGCUCCGGGCUGGUGCAGAUCACUGUUGCGUUCCCCUUCUUUGGAGACAAGCACACAGGACUCUACGUCAACAACAACGGCCUUGUAUCUUUCCUGAGGGAGGUGUCUCAAUUCACACCAGUAGCUUUUCCAAUCGCUGGGGACAGGAGGGUGGUGGCGCCGUUCUGGGCUGAUGUGGACAACCGUCGGGCGGGGAGAGUUUUCUACAGAGAGAGCCAGGAGCCUUCCAUGCUGAGCAGGGCCUCAGCAGAUGUCAAGACUUACUUUCCAGACUUCCCCAGAUUCAACGCAACAUGGGCCCUCAUCUCCACGUGGCACCAGGUUACGUUCUUUGGAGGCAACUCCAACACACCGGUCAAUACUUUCCAAGUGGUGCUCAUUACGGAUGGAGAGCUUUCCUUCACUAUAUUCCAGUACAAUAAUAUCACAUGGACCACAGGCAUGCAUGCCAGCAGUGGUGGAAACCUGGCGGGACUAGGAGGCAUCGCAGCGCAGGCAGGUUUCAACGCUGGUGACGGCGAGCGUUACUUCAACAUCCCCGGCUCUCGCACGGCUGACGUGGCCAACGUGGAGGGAACCACCAACGUGGGCUUCCCAGGCAGAUGGGUGUUCCGCAUAGACGAUGCACAUGUAGAAGUGGGUGGCUGCAAUAACUCUGCAUUAGUGUGUCCGCACCUGCGACCCUGUCUGAACGGAGGCCAGUGCAUCGACGACUGUAUUAAAGGAAACCCCUCCUUCACUUGCUCCUGCUUGGCCGGCUUCACCGGACGAAGAUGUCAGAUCGAUGUGAAUGAAUGUGCCUCACAUCCUUGCCAGAACGGAGGAACUUGUCAAGACCAGAUUAACAGUUUCAUCUGUCAGUGUCUUCCUGGAUACACCGGGAGUCUGUGUGAAGCAGACGUUGACGAGUGCAAAAACAGGCCGUGCCUCAACAACGGGUCGUGUGUACAAGGUGCUGGCAGUUUCACCUGUGUGUGUGAAGCGGGUUACACUGGCGUGCUGUGUGAGACAGACAUAAACGAAUGUGAGUCGCAGCCUUGUCUGAAUGGAGGAGAAUGCAUGGACGGAGUGGCCAACUUUACCUGUGUUUGUCCGGAUGCCUUCACUGGACUCCUCUGCGAGACAGAACUGGUGGAGCUUCAAGUGAAUUCAACUGAUGCAGAAAACCAAACAGAGGAAUGUCUUUGUCAGAAUGGCGGCGUCUGUGCGAACAUCAGCGGAGAGUGUGAAUGCCCUUCAGGCUACACAGGACCCUACUGUCAGUUUGGUGGGUAUAAUACAGAAGUAACCCAGACGCCGUGCAGCCACACCAGGCUGUGUCCUGAUGGUGGUCCUUGUAUGGAGUACGGAGGAACCUACCUGUGUACAUGUCAGACCAGCGGAGCAGAUCUGGAUCAUAAAGACUUUUACCCCUAUGUACAGCCCCGAUCGGUCUGCGACUCGUCUCCAUGUCUGAAUGGAGGCUACUGCUACGAGCGGGAUGGAGGCUACACCUGCGAGUGCAAACACGGAUACUGGGGGAAGCACUGUGAGAAAGUUAGACUCAAUACCUGCGCCUCCGGUCCCUGCCGCAAUGGAGGCUCCUGCAAGGAGGAGGCGGGGAGCUACAAAUGCGUGUGUCCGUACAGGUUCACUGGGAAACACUGUGAAGUGGGAAAACCAGACCCCUGUGCGUCCAGCCCCUGCCUCAAUGGUGGAACAUGUUUCCAUUACAUAGGAAAAUAUAAAUGUGAAUGCACUGAUGACUUCUGGGGCAGACACUGUGAAAUACGCAGAUCGUCACAAACAGCGACAGAGCUGAGCUGUGGGCUGCCCCCACAAGUGAAUCACGCCGAGGUCCAGUUCAUCUCAACUAUACCAGGCUCCGUGGCUGUGUACGUCUGCCACUCAGGCUUCAUAUCUGUGCCCCGAGCCACACACAGCAUCUGUGGUAUCCAGGGAGACUGGAGUCAGCCACCUAUUUGUGAGGAGAUCGACGAGUGUCGGUCACAGCCUUGUCUUAAUGACGGCACGUGUCAAAACCAGGUCGGCUCCUACCAGUGUGUGUGUAGUCAGGGCUUCAGUGGAAAUCGCUGUCAAACAGACAUCGAUGAAUGCCUGUCAGAACCCUGUGAACACGGGGGAUCAUGUGAAAACCAGCCUGGUUCCUACUCGUGCCUCUGUCCACAAGGCUUCAAAGGCCAGAACUGUGAAUUAGAGCAGGACCUGUGUGACUCCAGCCCCUGUCUGAAUGGAGGCGCGUGUCGAGGUUACAGACGACAUUAUGCAUGCGUGUGCAAAGCUGGGUUUUUUGGGGACCAGUGCCAGAUGUUGGAAGACCCGUGUGUACUGCAGCCUUGUGGAAACAGGGGCGUCUGCAGGACCGACAGGAGAGGAAACUACAACUGUGUUUGCAAAACAGGAUACACGGGCAAAGACUGUGAGAAAGACCUGUUGCCUCCCUCUGGUCUCCAUGUGCUGCGUGUGGAGGAGAACGAGGUGGAGCUGCGCUGGGAUGAGCCGGAGCCUUCACAAAGCCUCAUCAGCGGCUUCGCCGUCACCUACGCUCCGCUGCGAGGAGGAAACCCCAGAACUGACUACCUGGACAGGCAUCAGUCCACUCACGUGAUGCGAGGCCUGGUGCCCGGCCUGCUGUACAACAUCUCCACCUUCUCCGUCAAACGCAGCACCAACAGGAAAGACUCCAGCCGACCUGCCACCGCACUAAUACGAACCAGACCUCGGCGGGUGGAGGAGCUGCAGGUGGUCAACGCGUCGUCCUCUCAGGUUUGGCUGAGUUGGCUGGUGCAGGCGGCUCGUCACGCCGCCGUCAGCAGGGUGCACGUGUCGCUGCUGCCUUCAGACGGCAGUGAAGCUCGCACUGCGGUGCUCAACACCAGCACCACAGAGUACAGCUUCAGCUCACUACUUCCUGGUCAGAUGUACACAGUGGACGUGUUGACUCAGAGUGGAGUCAGACCAGAUGAGUUUCCCUCCACCAGUCACUCAGCUGGACCUCUGCAAUUCUGGACAAGGCCUCUCCCCCCACAGAACCUCUCCCUGUCACAUGUCACCACUAACUCAGCACUGAUCACCUGGAGCCGCCACCCGAGAAACGUCCCAGAUGGCUUUGUGGUCAACGUGACCCGAGGGUUGAAUACCAGGAGUCGCUUCCUGCCCAAUGGGAAGUUAGGAUCAUAUACCAUCCGUGAACUGACGCCGGGACAGAACUACUAUGUGGUUCUCACGUCCGUCAAAAACACAGGGCAGGAGCAGAUGCACAGCAUACCUCAGCAAUUAGCCUUCGCUACCUUACCAUUGGAGGGCAGAUCGCAGAGGAGAGACAGGCCGUCAGCGACCGGACAGGGAACUCAGGUCCGACACACACCUCCACCGUCUCAGCCUCAGGACCUGGGAGGCACAGCAGAAACAGAAAACUCAGAGGAAAUUCCCAGAUACACAGAACUCAUUGACAGGAGGGGAAGGAUAACAGCGAAGUUCACUCACUUACCCCGAAAAGCUGUCCGACAUCGGAACAAGCCCGAUCAGCCAAUUAGAUUAGAGAAGAUGGAGGAAACGACAAACAAAAUCAGCCUCGCACUGGAGAUUCAAGAGGAAGGUUUAAGGACGAAGCAGCCUGAGUUGCCCCAGGACUGCCGCAGUCUGCCGUGUCAGAACGGGGGUUCAUGUGUGAACGAAGGUGACGCCUACGUCUGCAACUGCACCGUGGGGUUCAAGGGCAGACAGUGUGAACUGUCGUGCCAGCGAGUAUCACACCCAUGUACCCGAAUCUACUCUGAAACCAAGAGCAUACCUGUCUGGGAGGAUGGAGUGUGCCACUACCUGUACAAAAGAACAUAUAAAGUGCAGCAGGACGUCUGUUACCGAGAGGUCUGUGAACCAGUGCUUCCCAAGAAAAGUCAGACCAGAAGAACGCACAGACAACAAUAAAGAGCACUUGGAUACUGAUGAAUGGAUCAUCAUCACUGUCAUGUGAAAAACCUCCUUACUUCAAUUUUGGUGUUUAUAAUCUACUUGAACUGAUUAUGGUCAAUUUUUUGUGUGUGCUGAAAAUCCCACGUCAGAGCCCACUGUAACAUUUGAGACACGAAGGCUGCGUUUGUCGCCCCAACGCUCCAUGAAGACGCUUCAGUCGAUCAAAUGAAUAUGGCCAUUUCUCAUUUCUCAUUUCUCGUGUUUCAUUAUUACUGCAGUGCAUCAGAGACCUAACAUACCUCAUUUCUAUGUCCAUGCUGACACAUUUUGAGGUUUUUCUUUUUUUUCUUUUAUUUGUGAUUUAGCUGCAGGUUUGUCCCUCAGGGAAGUCACUGUAAAGUGUUUUUAGUCCCAGCCCCGGGAUUUCCUCAUAAACAAGAUGAAAAAUGUAUUUGUUUUCCCAACACACCCCCAGGAAUUCAUCUCCUUCUCUGACAAAGGUUUUGCAGUAUUUUCUGUGUAUAAAUAUCUUUUUUAUCUGUUCCUUAGCUGGCGUCAGUGCUAGCUGCUCUGUAAAUAGUGUUUAUAGGCCAUUUUGUAGGUGAAUAUUUUAAUAAUAAAAAUGUUAAAAUGUU